AAUUAAAGCUCCCCGGGGUGUGCCGAUGUCAACAAACUCUAAACGGACUAGCAGGUGCCGAUAAAGCCGAAAUUGGUGUCAAUGUGACCCUUUUGCGUCCGCCAUAUCGUUAACGUUACACUGCACGGCCGCAGUGGUGCGUUCACGGGAGCGCGCAUUAUCACUUGAACGUCAUACUUUCAAUUCAACAGCUAUAAAGUCACUCCGAGCUUCUCAUUGCUACAGCGCCAAGGUGUCAGAAUUCUUAGCACCUCUGCCAAUAUUUGCUACUUGUGACAGAAUUCCUAAAAAAAAAUGGCUGAGGACAUUCAAAGGAAACUGGACAAUUACCGCACAGCUCCAUUUGAUGCAAGGUUCCCCAACCAGAACCAGACCAGGAACUGCUGGUCCAACUAUCUGGACUAUCACCGCUGCCUGAAAGCUCUCCAUGCAAAGGGUGUGGACACAGCCCCGUGUGACUGGUACCAAAGGGUCUACAAAUCCCUCUGCCCCAUGUCCUGGAUCCAGAAAUGGGACGACCAGAGAGACGAGGGAACGUUCCCAGGAAAAAUCUGAAUAAACAGGUUUAAAGUUCCCAAGCUUCCUGAUAAAUGUAACGGUAAAGUGAUUUACUGUAAGAGCGUGUAGCUCUAAAUAACACAAGCACUGAAUGCUCAUUCCUUCCAAACGCCAUUCUACUGUCCAAUUCAGCCUAUAAUAAAGAUCUAUCAAGUCUACACUUGUUGGCUGGCCUU